UGGACAGAUAAGAGGUUUAGGGCGGGCAGUCUGCAUUUUUUUCAAGCUCUCAUUAUGCUGCACCAGUAUCUCCAGAUGCCUUCUCCAGGGAACUAAGCUGCUUUCUGUUUAAAACUGCAAAGAGCAAUGGAGAGUUUAAGCAAAGACCAUCCUUCUCCGGAUUCUUCCCUGCCACGCUCUGCAGCCCGUCAGGAGUAUGCUGUGCCAGAUGUCAUCAUAACGCACCGCUUGAGGGACCGGGAGCUGCUCAGAAAAAGAAAAGCAGAAGCCCUGGAGAAAGAUUCGACUCAGUGGGUUCUGAGGGUGCAUAAGAACCAAAAGCAAAAGAGAGGCAGAGGAGCCAAAAGAGGACGGGGCCGUCAGCCGGAGGUGAAGGUCACCCUGGACCCGGAACCAACCACAGACCCCCAGCCUGAGCUGCAGAAGGAGGCUGAACCAGUGCACUCUGAGCCAGCACUGCCUGAAUUAGUGCACUCUGAGCCAGCACUGCCUGAACAAGUGUACCAAGAACAGCUGCCCGUGCUGACCAUCCACAACCCGGUCAGUGGGAUGCAACCAGUAGCAGUGGAAGGGGAACCAGCAGCCAGGAGCUUGGAUCCUGCAGGUGAAGAGGAGGUGGUGAAACCAACAGAAGCAGAAAUACUGGAAGAUUUCAAUACUCCUCUGGAAAACGACCACCAGGAUAGCGAAUUCAACACACAUGUUCUGUAUUAAUCACAAAUUUUCAUUCACGAAGCCUAGGCACGAUGAUCUGUAUUGAUUUUCUGAUUGUUUGGGGAUUUUACUUAUUUUGACUCCUGCCUCACAAACUCUGAUGAAUACUGCAGCAGCUUCUUUCUGGUUAGUCAUAAAGCCCACAUUCUCCUUGUCACUCUGCUUUCUAUGACUCUUUCAGGUUACAGUGUGGUCAACUGUACAGAGGCAGUCCUUUGGGAGUUGCCUGCUGCCUGUGGCUUAUGAGCCCCCUGCUCUCUCUGCAGACAGGUUGUCUCAUUCAGGCCCACAGAAGGCUUCAUGGUGUCCUGCCACAGCACAGGUUAAGCAUACAGUCCAGCAUCCAUCCUUCUGAAAGCCAUUUCUGACUUGCAUAAAUGUGAGUGGCACUGCAAACCUGAAACCCAGUAUAAUUUUUAGUCAGCUGGAGCUGCACACCUUGGGCUUUUUCCUGUAUCCCUGAAGCCAUACAUCCCUUUCUGCUUCUAUUUUCACUCUGAAGGUCUUUCUCAAGGUCAGUUUUCCUCUGCAAAAAACAAUAAAAUUGUUUUGCUAAA